ACUCAACCCCGGCGGCUCAGUGUGCGUUCAGUGCUGGUGCCGUGUCCACGAUUCGCCAACUCCGCUCCGGCCCCAGACUCAGGUUGCAGCAGUGGCGUCGCAUGUGUCUCUGGUGAACACCACUGUGCGUGUUUGUUGAGCGACCACACGGACUCAGUGAAAUGCAUCGGCGAGUGUGCCUGGCGGUGUUGUUGGUGGGUGUGGUGAGCAGCCUCGACCUCCGUGACUGCGACCUGCCCCUGGGAAUGGAGAACGGUGACAUCCCAGACGCCGCCAUCACAGCCAGCUCGUCCUACGUGCCCAACGUUGGACCCCAAAAUGGACGGUUGCGGAUAGAACGCAACGGCGGUGGUUGGUGUCCAAAGCAGCAGAUGAAAGAGGGUGUACGUGAGUAUCUGCAAAUCGACCUGGGCACCGUGCACAGGGUCGGCGGCAUUCAGACACAGGGCAGGUACGACCGGGGUCGAGGGCUCGAAUAUGCCGAGGAGUACACGCUUGAGUACCGACGCUCCGGUCUGCCUGAUGAAGAAUGGCGAAAGUACCGCACCUGGGACCUUAAAGAGAUCCUGACAGGCAACAGCGACACGUCGACAAUCGUGAAUCACUACUUGAACCCGCCAAUCAUCGCAAGCCAAAUCAGAAUUCUGCCGCACAGCAUUCAUCAAAGGACAGUGUGCAUGCGGGUGGAACUGCGCGGCUGCCAAUACGAUAGUGGGAUAAUCAGCUACUCAAUGCCGGAAAGCAAGCACGAGGGGGAAGCGGGCGAGCUGCAGGACGUGCUGUACGACGGCGUCCGCGCCGGGGGUCUGCUGCGAGGCGGCCUCGGCCUCCUGGUCGACGGGCAAAUUGGCGCUGAUAAUUUCCGCGUGGAUAUUGGCUACGGAAAGGGAGCUGGCUGGGUGGGCUGGCGCAACGACACGCCGCGCUCUAGAUUCGUCGAGCUGAUAUUCGAGUUUGAUCAAGUUCGCAACUUCAGCGCCGUCAACCUGUACACAAACAACUUCUUCAGCAAGGACGCCCAAGUAUUUUCCAGAGCAAAGAUCAUGUUCAGCUACGGUGGCAAAUUCUACAACGGUCGGCCGCUCACGUACAACUACAUGCCGGAUCGGGUUCUGGAGCAGGCGAGGAACGUUUCCAUCCAUCUCCACGGCAGGACCGGCCGCUUCGUCAAAUUGCAGCUUUGGUUCGCGGCCAAGUGGAUUCUCCUGGGAGAGGUCACCUUCGACUCGGAUCCAUUCUACGGAAAUUUCACGGACGAAACGGAAGCCAGCGUGGAUGCUAACGAAAUGGUUGGAAACUCGAUGGUGCACGACUCGGAUUGGGAGCAGUAUGAGACGAUUGCUGCGCCGCACGAGGGCCAGAGCUACGUGGAAGUGGUGGUCGGUGUGUUGUCGGCCAUCUCGCUGCUGCUUCUGCUCGUCUUUGCGGUGAUCGUGGUGCUCAGCAAGAGACACAAGCUACAGGGCUCGCCCACCACCAUCCUGAGGAACUCAUUCGGCGCAACCAUCAACAUGAAGGUGCCCUUUUUUCAGGAUCUGCUUAUGAACCUGUCACCUAUGGGCAACAGUUUAGUGCCGAUGAACGGCCCCCUGACACCACCUUCACCGACGGCCACGCCCCUGCGCCAGGGUUCACCGCCGCCGCCAACCCUGGAGGAGCUGCUCAUGACGCCGUCGGCGCCGCCCGCCUGCCCCAGCCCGUCGGGCAACCAGGUGCCCCUCAGCACGUCCUCAAACACGCUUUACUACGAGCGGCAGUACAGGUCGCCUCUGAUCGAGGCCGCCAGGGCGCAGAACGGCUACGCAGCCACCGCAAACCUUCACAGGGGAGCAUCCCUUGCAGCAGAUCUAGACGGUAGCGAUAUGGAAGGCGAGAACUCGCCGCUGCGUUUCAACAGCGUGGAAGGUUCACUGCAGGCCGCGGAAAGGUCGUCGAGCAACCAAAUCAUCAAUCUGGGCAACUUCUUUCCAAGGGUGGCGUCCGAGCCCACAAACCGCAAGAGAUACCAUACUGCCCCUAGGGAAAAGCACAGGGUGCCGCCGCCGGUUGUGUCGUGGAACAUCGCCCCCAGCAUGGGCCACCCCUACAAGUGCAGGGAGGCUGAGGUCAACGACAUCCCCCGAUGCAUGAUUCAAAUAGUGCAGAAAUUCGGUAUUUGCCACGCUGGAGAGGUUCUUCUAUGUGACCUGGAUAGCCCUGAGGAGGUAGGCACAAACAGCCCCCUGGUAGCCGUGCGCGUGAACAACGAUGAUGAAGGUGCGACUAGUGAGACGACCCUGCGCGAGAUACGCUUCCUCUCGUCACUGCAGGACUGCAACGUUGUUCGAAUGCUGGGCGUGGUCACCUCGGAGCAGCCGCACUGGACCGUCUUCGAGUACCCUGAGCUCGGUGACCUGGCACACUUCCUGCAAUUCCGGAUCGGGCCAUCGCAGCCACCGGUCUCGCCCUGUCCCGGCAACACCACCACUCUCAGACCCAACAGUCUGCAGACCCUAAGCUUCGGGUGCCUCAUGUUCAUGGCGACGCAGAUUGCUUCCGGAAUGAGAUACAUGGAGCAGAGAAACGUAGUGCAUAAGGAUUUAGCAGCGAGGAACUGCUUCGUUGGUCGAGGCUACGCGGUGAAGGUGGGCGACUUCUCCAUGUGUAACCCGAUCUACAAGGAGGACUACAGCGAGAUCGGCGGCCGGCCUCCUCGGCCCAUUCGCUGGCUCCCAUGGGAGAGCAUCCUGCUCGACCGGUACACGUGCAAGAGCAGUUCAUGGUCGUUCGCGGUCACCCUGUGGGAAAUCCUCACCCUGGCCAGGGAUAGACCCUUCUGCACCAUGUCCAAUGAGAUGGUGAUUCAGAAUGCCGAGAGGAUGUACUAUGGAGGAGAACUUGAGGUGUUUUUGUGCAAGCCACCAAUUUGCCCAAAGGAAGUAUACGACUUGAUGUGCGAGUGUUGGCGCCGAGAAGAGGACAUGCGGCCAUCAUUCAAGGAGAUUCACAUGUUCCUCAAGCGCAAGAACAUGGGCUACCAACCCAAUAAAUAGAACCAAAACUGUCUGUCCAGCUUUCAAGACCCUCAAAAAUGGUGCUUCCAGGAUUGAAAAUAUGAAUGACAAGACGUUUCACGGUGCCGCCGCGGUUACUUUCUCACAGCUUCUUUCAAACUCAAUAAAAAUAUCAAGAGAUUUUGUAAAUAAAUGACAAAUAGAGAUCUCUACACUUUGGCGAAAAUAUUGAUAUUAUACACAAGAAAGAGCAAUUAAGACUCGAGCCAUAAUUGGUAGUAUUUUUAUGAUUGGCUAGCAGCAGGGUAUAUUUUAAUAUUUUAUCAACGAUCGAUUACUGUACACAUAUUGAUAAUAAUGAUUACAACUGCAACCGCUGAGUGUGUGUGUGCGCGAAUAAUACUUUGAAAACAAUACAAUGAAAAAGAGUGUAAAUAACUAUAUCUGAAUGUACAUUCGUAGGCACUGACUAAUUGUAAUUAAUCGGAUAAGGUUCAUUGAUAAAUUGAUAAAAUAUGCUGUUCAAAUGUAGCGUGGAAGAUUUUAACGAAAAGUGAGAUUUGUUACUUUAGACUUGAUAUGCAAGAAAGUAUAAAUUACGAAAACAGUAUAUGGACCAUUCCUUCAACACACUCUAUAUUAAGCCACAAAUCGAUUAAGAGAGAGGAUUUUAGGUACUUAGGGCGACUCUGAAUUUAACUCUGUUUUGAUCGCGAGUAGAAAUUUAGUUAGUUAAAACUUCUGGGCACAAGUCUAUUGCAUUUUUAUAUGGAAGACUUUGAGUUACUCUAAAAUAAAGAGAAUCAGUCACCCUUCGGAAAUGUAGUGUGUAGGAAAGAAAAAUUGCCCUCAUUUCCCCAUCUCUAGUCAAAUAUAAGUGUGAUAUGCAAAUAACUUCGUAAAAUAAUAUUAAGAAAUCGUUUCGUUGGCUACUUUUGUUCCCGUUUGAAUGUUCACAUCCACAUUUUGCGAUGCGUUUGACAAAUUUAGAGGUGUAGGUGAAAUGCCACGAUGGAAUUGUAGAUUUUCAUGCUGUUCCAACUUUGUGCUCACUUAGGGAAAACAACACAAGUUGCCAAAAAAAUGGAGGUGGUUUUUUCCAGAAAUAAUUUGUAUUAUCGUUCAUCUCCGCAAGCAAGUGUAAGAAAAAUAUCCUAAAAGAACCGUGUCAUCGAGUUCCUCGCCCCUGAUGCAGAUAAAUUAACUAAUAAGUGUGAUGUCAUCUCUGUACAGUGGCUAUCGAACUGAAAAAAACUACCAAUCAUCACUUGUGUGGCAAAACACGCCUGAUUUAUUGUUUGUUGUUAAUUAUAACAUGAUCGAUUCGUCAAUAAACCAUCAAGUAAAGCCAAAAUCAA